GGCCUCGGUGCCGGUGCUUCGGUGGGUGCCGCGCCAGGCGCUGCCCGUGCCCCCGGGCCCAGCACCAUGCUGCGCCGCAAGCCGUCCAACGCCGGCGACAAGGAGCCAGGACACAGGAAGCUCUCCCUCCAGCGCUCCAGCAGCUUCAAGGACUUUGCCAAGUCCAAAGUCAGCUCUCCAGCGCCCAGUGAGAAGGAGUUCAACCUGGAGGAGAAGAUCCCAGAGGAUGAGCCCAGCAGCGCCGGCCCCGAGGAGGCUGCGCGGGGCAGCGGGAUGAAGCUGGGCAAGAAGUGGCGGGCGGUCAUCUCCCGCACCAUGAACCGCAAGAUGGGCAGGAUGGCCGUGAGAGCCCUGGCCGAGGGCAAGGGCGAGGUGGAGGAGGAGGAGGGCUCCCCGUGCCCCCUGUCCCCAGGCGGCAGUGCAGAGGAGCUGGGCCACAAGAUGCCUCUCUCGUAUCUGGAGACGGAGGAGGACGGGCACCCGUCGCUCAGCCGACAGCUGUCCAGUGGCAGUGAAGUGUCCAGCCCUGGCCCCGGGAGCAGCAGCCGGGAGAGCCUGCAGCUGGAGGAGAGCAGCCCGGCGUACAGCGGCCCCUUCUGCGGCCGGGCUCGUGUCCACACCGACUUCACACCCAGCCCCUACGACAGGGACUCGCUGAAGCUGCGGAAAGGAGACAUCAUCGGCAUCAUCGAGAAGCCGCCCGUGGGCACCUGGACCGGGUUGCUCAACAACAGGGUGGGCUCCUUCAAGUUCAUCUACGUGGAUGUGAUCCCCGAGGAGCCGGCACCAGCACGCAGGAGCCGCGGAGCCGGCAGGAACAAGCGCCUCAAGCCCAAGACUCUGCACGAGCUGCUGGAGCGCAUCAACCUGCAGGAACACACCUCCACGCUCCUGCUCAACGGCUACCAGACCCUGGAGGACUUCAAGGAGCUGCGGGAGACCCACCUCAACGAGCUGAACAUCACGGACCCUCAGCACCGUGCCAAGCUGCUCACGGCCGCCGAGCUCCUCCUGGACUACGAUGCAGCGAGCGAGCCCGAGGAAGGCGACAGCUCCGAAGCUCAGCCCUCGCCCUCGGAGCCCAAGGGCGACAUUCCCCGGGACUCGGGCUGCUUCGAGGGAUCGGAGGCCUUGGACAGCAGCCGGGACGAGGCCGAGCCGGAGGGUCCCGAGGGGCAGCCGCGGGCGCAGUCCCUGGCACAGUCCCCCUGAGCUGCCCUGCCCGUGGGCACAGCUCCCGCCCCAGCCCCGGCCUCGCACCGCCCUGGAAGGGACGGCUGCUCGCAGGGGGAGCAGGUGAGCCCCAGCAGCAGGACCCCCGGCAGCAGGACCCCCCUUCAGCGAGACCCCCCCCAGCUGUGAGCAGCUCAGCCCUGCAGCCCCGAGGCUGCCCCAUUUCUGCCCCAGGACAGUUUGCCCAGCGCUGCCUCGCACCCUGACACACAGAGCUCUGGCAGCCUGGGGCAUCGUGGGCCUGGAGUGCCCCCCCCCAGGUUCACCCCACUGUACCCACAGCCUGACGAGCUGCUGCCGGGGCCCUGGCUGCCAGCCGGGGGGUGAGGGCAGGAGGGAGGGAGCUGGCCCCACUUGCCAAGCGCCUGGGGGCCGCAGCGCAGAGCUUCCACCAGCCCAGCCCCUCUGCAGGGAGGAACCCGCUGUGCCUUCCCCCAGCGUCUUCCUCACACGGCCACGGUGGCCAGGGAAAGGUUUUUGCUGGCGAGUUUGGCUUGUGGGGGGAGACCAGCUCAGCAAGGGCCCGGCCAGCAACGUCCCUGGCUCAAGGGGACCCCAAGGCAGCUCCCAGCUCCCCACCAAGUCUGGCACAGGAGGCUCUGAGGCAGCUGGAGCGACACACAUCUGCACAGCAGGGUGAGGCUUUGCCCAGCAGGACAGCCCCUUCCAGCCUGCCAGAGCCCCCCAAUGCACCCCUGGGAAUGGGCAGGGGAGCUGCAGCCUGGGCAGGACCCUGUAGCCUCCCGGCGUGGGCAGCUCCUAACCCCAGCCAAGCUGCUCCCCAUGGGGGCCCUGCCUCAGGCCCUCAGCCCAGCACUGGCUCCUACACCCCAGCCAUGGGCACCUGGGUUGUCCCUUUGUGCUCCAUCCCAAUAAAAGCGAGUCAAGGCUC